AUGCUCCGGGCCCAUGAGCCGCGGCCAGGGGAGGCGGGGGCGGCCGCUCUCUCCUUUCCAGCUAGGCCCUUGGACACUUAUCUGCUGGACUGUGAACACACUUCAGAAGCUCUCCCAAGCCUCCCCCACACCCCCAAGCCGCCCCAGAAGCGCUCUCGAGCCGCCUUCUCCCACAGACAGGUCAUCGAGUUAGAGAGGAAGUUCAGCCACCAGAAGUACCUGUCAGCACCUGAACGGGCGCACUUGGCCAAAAACCUCAAGCUCACCGAGACGCAAGUGAAAAUCUGGUUCCAGAACCGUCGCUAUAAGACCAAGCGGAAGCAGCUGGCAGCUGACCUGGGGGACCUGGAGAAGAACUGCUCGCUGCCCGCCCCCAAGGAGGAGGGCUUCUCACGGGCCUCUGUGCUCUCAGCUUACAACCGUUACCCCUACUAUCCUUACCUUUACUACCUAGGAAGCUGGAGCCCAGCUCUCUGGUAA